GCACCCUGCAGUUUCCAAGCAAAUUAAUAUCCUCCUUCAAUGGCUUCCCUAAUUUCUCUGCCCAAAGUAUCUUUCUUUCUUUUACUUAUAACUUUUGCAUUUUUCUCUUCUCCUUCAGCUGCCCAAACGAAAUGUAAUAUCAGAUCCGUUUACCAAUUCGGCGACUCACUUGCCGAUGCCGGUAAUGUCAUCCGCACACCUGGUGCUAACAUCAUAUUCCGCGCCAACAGAGCUCCUUACGGCGAGACAUUUUUUAAGAGACCUACAGGCCGCUUCUCAGAUGGCCGUAUUAUUAUCGAUUACAUUUCCUCUGCUCUUAAACUCUCCUUCCUUAAUGCUUACUUGGACAGUGAUAAUGUUUUUAGCCAAGGCGUCAAUUUCGCUGUCGCGGGUGCCACAACGCUGAAUUCCUCUUUCUGGGCUGCCCGGAAUGUCAGGUUGCCCGCCUGGAACACGCCGCUCGCUAAUCAACUAGGUUGGUUCAAAUCUCACCUGCAGUCCACCUGUGGUUCCAAUUGUGCACAAACUCUCAGCAACUCUCUAGUAGUAAUGGGGGAAUGGGGUGGCAAUGACUACUAUAAUAAUUUUUUCCAAAGAAAACAAUUACCUGAGGUACGGACUUACGUUCCUUUCGUUGUUGCGGGCAUUAUGAGAGGCAUUAAAGAUGUGAUUCAACUCGGGGCAACUCGUAUUUUGGUACCAGGAUUUUUUCCAUUGGGUUGUCUUCCUCUAUACCUUACAACUUUUCCUGAUACUAAUGCCAAUGCUUACGACCAAUUGGGAUGCUUGAGAAAUUAUAAUGAUUUUGCUUCAUACCAUCACAGAUACCUAAACAGAGGCCUGGAUAAUCUACGACGUGAAUUUCCAAAUGUUGGAAUCGUUUAUGGGGAUUACAAUGGGGCGUUUUUGACUGUUCUUCAAAGUGCUUCUUCCUUUGGAUUUAAUCAAAACACAUUGCUCACUGCGUGCUGUGGAACCGGAGGACGAUACAACUUUAAUUUCAGUAAUGUGUGUGGAUCAGCUAGUGUAAGAGCUUGUUCUAACCCGGCUCAAUACGUGCACUGGGAUGGCAUUCAUUUGACAGAUGAAGCUCAUCGUCGUAUUACAGACAUUAUCGUCAAGGACAUGCUUUCAAGAUUAGGGUGUACUGUUUAGAUUAUGACUUUCAAGAUUCUCUUAGAUUGUUAUAGGGGUGCUUUUUCUUUUUUGGUAAUAAAGAGUUUAUUUGUUGGUGUUUAGUUGAUAAGAGUGGGUUGCUCUAGUGGUGUGCACCCUCCACUUUCAACCAAGAAGUUGUGAGUUCGAGUCACCCCAAAAGCAAGGUGGGGAGUUCUUGGAGGGAGGGAGUCGAGUGUCUAUCGGAAACAGCCUCUCUACCCCAGGGUAGGGGUAAGGUCUGCGUACACACUACCCUCCCCACAGGGUUAUUGUUUGUUGGGUGUUUAGAAUAUGAAGAUAUGUAUCCUUUCUUCUUCAGGAAGAGGUGGAACAGAAUAUAAAUAAAAGAGUGAUUUUGAUGAUC